AUGGCUUUCGCUGUGGAUAUUUCGCAAUUAGUUCUGUCGGCUUCGAUAAGCGAUUUUUACACCGUCAGCGAUACCAAGGUCGGAAAAAAUAUAAUGCAAAAUGUCUUCAGCAUUAAGAACAACAAAGGUCAUGCUCAAAUCCUUAGGCCAAUCCAAAAGUUCUACAACAUGGGUGGUGUUUUGACCCUAGAGGGAAGUGUGAAUGACGCCAUCACAGCUUUUGUAAAACGGGUAGACGAGCUUUUUGUUGAUGGCUCCAACGCUGGAACUGUAUGCAAAAUGGACGAUUGGAUGGGUUAUUUCGCCUGGGAUGUGAUCUCUCAGAUAACAUUCAGUAGGCCGAUGGGUUUCAUGGAAAAAGCCUCUGAUCACUCUGGUUUUAUUCGUAUUUCCGAGCAAGCUAUGGAUUACUUUAGCAUUAUCGGUCAAAUCCCCGCCUUGGAUCACUGGUUAGGAAAAAAUCCAAUCAAACCCAUCGGACCCCCAACCUUUAAAUCAGCAGCAUUAUGGUGUGUAGAGCAAUUAAAGGCACGCCAACAAGGUACAGAUGGAAAAUCUACCGAUUCAAAAGAUAUGCUAGACAGUUUCCUCGAAGUCAAAAAUACUACCCCGGAAUUAAUGAGCGAAUCGGAUGUUGUCAGCUGUCUUCUCAUCAACAUCAUCGCUGGUGCCGAUACGACCGCAAUCGUCCUAAGAUCAAUCAUCUACUAUACACUCAAAACCCCGCGAGUAUACAAGAAACUUAUCCAAGAGCUUGAAUCUGCGAAUUUAUCCACUCCAGUAAGCUACAAAGAAGCCAUCAAACUUCCCUAUCUCGAAGCCGUCAUCAAAGAAGCCAGUCGAGUACAUCCGGGAGUAGGUCUCUUACUAGAACGUACCGUUCCGGCGCGCGGUCUCGCUCUCUCCGAUGGAACUUUCCUCCCUCACGGAACAAUCGUCGGUAUAAAUCCCUGGGUAGCCAAUCACAGUAAAACCGUGUACGGCGAAGAUGCCAAUUCUUUUGUUCCCGAGCGCUGGCUCCGCUAUAACGAAUUCGAAACCGAAGAGGAAUAUCAAACUCGUCUUUCCAUGAUGAAACAAACGGAUCUGACUUUUGGUGCUGGAAAUCGUAUUUGUCUUGGGAAAAAUAUCAGUAGUUUGAAUAUUAAUAAACUUGUAGCUACGCUGUUCUCUACAUAUGAUUUACAACUCGUAGAACCGGAAAAGGAAUGGGGGAUACAAAAUUCGUGGUUUGUGAGACAAACGGGUAUUGAAGUGAAGAUACAAAAGAGACAAUCUACUCCUAUUAACAAUUAG